GCAGAGGUCUCCGUCUCCACCUCCGCGUUGAAGGAUGGCGACGGACGACCGACUGACAUGGAUUGACAAGCGGCUGCACUCAUCCCUGGAGUGCAAGGGCAGCCUGUCCUCCAUCGAUGCGCAGAUGCUGCGGGAGAUCUUCCAGUUCUUCGAGCGCAUGGACUACAGGACGCUGUUUGCAGCCGCCGAUCCAGACACACACGAGCCGCAGCUCUCGCUCGUGCCGAUGAAGGUGCCGGCAGACCAAAAGCUGCUCGUCUUCCGCAAAACAUUCGGCGUCAGCAGCAUCACCGAAGCAGACAUCGCCAAGCAGCUGGUCGUGUGCGAGCUGGUGGCCACCCCGUGGUACCACCUGUGGCUGGUCUCCCGCGACGUCUACCUGCCGCUGCUGUCCGCCGCCGUGGACAACCCGCCCGUGCCGCACCUCCCCUUCAACGACGCGAAGCGCGUGCACGAGGCCCACCUCAAGCUGCUCUCCACCAUGCAGAUGACCGAGGGCCACAUGCAGGGCAAGGUGAUGCUGCCGCUGCCCUUGCUGGCCGUGGCGGCUGGCGCAGAGGGCGACCUGAGCGAGCGCAUGCGCACCGGGCGCCUGUCCACAUACAGCGCGGUCGCCAAGAGCGCCGCCACCAGCACCAGCAACGGCCUCAUGAAGGAGCACAUCCACCAGCUCGAGUCAGCCCUCAUUGCCUGGAGCAAAGUCAUCAAGGGCCUGCUCAAGCUCAACAUCAACGAGGUGGUGCGGCAGGUGAAGCACCCGGGCCCGCACGUCGAGCUGCAGGCAUUUGAGCUGCGCCAGCGACACCUGGAGUCUGUGCACGCGCAGCUGCACAGCAUGGAGGUGCAGGCCAUCGUGGACGAGCUGGACGCGGCAGCCUCCAACUAUGUCACGUCCUUUUCAAACCUCUUGCAAGAGGUCAAGACGGCCCUCGACGAGAACAGCCGCCUUCUCAAGAUGCUGCGUGCGUGCAAGCCGUACUUUGAUUGCCUUGCAGACUCGUCUGUGCCCAUCCCCGUGGCUGUGAAGAAGGUACCGCCCAUGCUGCACUCCCUCUUCCUUCUCUGGCAGCACUCGGACUGGUACAGGAAGGCAAAGAGGUUCCAGCGGCUGCUGCGGUUUGUGUGCAACCAGAUUAUCCGGCGCUCGCAAGAGACCAUUACGACAACACCGCACAACAACUUCCCGCACGGCCUUGAGGACCAGCUGCGCACCGUGCUCAGGCUCUGCGCCUCAUUCAGAGGCACCUACCUCGACGUGCGUGACCAGGCGCAGACGGUUGCGCUGAAUCUGGUGCGCCAGCAGUUUACAGAUGACCGCCACAUCUCCGUUGCCAUGUCCUCAAAGCAGGAAGUCGCCAUGCAACAGACGUUCAAGGCUGCGCUGGCGGCGUGGCCGGAGCGCUCCGAGGGGCCCUUCAAGCGCUUCAACAGCUUCAUCGACAGGUGCAACGACAUCCUCGACUUGGCGGAGAGCGUGCACCACUUCAAGCAGCUGCGGUAUCUCGCCCUGGGCGGUCCCCACGGCCAGCGCCUCACAGCAGGCAUUGCUCAAGUGUACGCGGAAUUUGUGCCUGCGCUGGAGAAGUUUGAAGCGCAGCGGCUGAAUUUGGUCAACAUUGAUGACGAUGUUGAGCGCUUCAACGAGGAGUUUUUUGAGCUGCGCCUGACUGUGCGCAACCUCGAGCGCGUGCUCGUGCGUGUGUUGAAGGAGGCGCAUCGGCACUGCAGUAGUCUGCAGCAGCGGCUCGACGUGUUUGACAUGUUUGACAACAUCUCCAUGCGAGAGGCCAUCGUGACUGGCCUGGAGAAUGAGCAUAUGGCGAUUAUCCACGAGGCGACGCAGCACUACCGCGACACGAUGGAGGUGCUCUCGUCGCCCGUGUCCCGUUUCCGCGAUGACGAAGCCGUGAUGGCGCCACCCAGCCACGCCAGCCGCAAGCUCUCUUUGGACAGCUCAAUCGUCCCCGACACCACCCCGCCCCCAGAGUUUCUCACCUACCGCCGCGCGACCCCGUUUAUUGACGAGAUGGUGCAGCUGUCUGUGCUUGAGCAGCGCAUCAAAGAUCCCUGGCGUGUCAUCGAGAAACUGCCACAGGCGUGCCUGCUGUCCAAGGCUGGCCACGACUUGCAAGUGCUGCACGCCACAGCAGAGAAGGAGAUUGCAAACAUGCGCAAGCACACGCUCAGCCAGUGGCACAUGCUCGCUUCACAGAUUCCUGGGGAUGUGCUGACAUCGACGCUCUUUGUGCGCCAGAAGAUGAUGGUUUCCUCAGCCGACGAAGCAGCCCUGGCAUCGCGGCACCGGCUGCCCGUGUUCCAGGUCAAUCUUCCGCUCGCUUUUCUUCGCCGCUUGCGAGAGGCCCAGUUUCUCCAGCGACGCGGGUACAAGAUUGGGGAGACGAUGGAGAUGCUGUGCGAGCGGCAGCCGUCGCUGCAUGUGGUCGUGGCCAAGCUGGACAUGGUUCUGGGCAUGUACAACCACCUCCGCGUCAAACUCGACAAGUUUGAACGACCGCUGUACCACGACAUGUUCCCGAACUUGGUGGAGGCGCUCACGAAGGGAACCGUCGACUUCAACUUCAGCAGCUCCAGCUUGCACGACUAUCUGGCCACGUUGGAGGAUUUGCUCAUCAAAGGCUUUCAAACUCGCCUCGACACUGUUGCUGGCGCCCGCAAGGAGAUGGAUGCGAUUGUGGAGCGGUGGAAGUCCAUCACAACACCACAAAGUGCAUUUGCAGAUGACGCGCUCGAGCAGCGCCCGUUCACCGCAGAAUCCUUCGAGGAGUAUCAUUUGGACUGCAUGAAGCGCGUGCGAUCGAUGCUCGUGCACGACUCAAAUCGCCUCGAAGAGCUUGUGCAGUCGUGCCUGACUGCGUCGUACGUCACAGAGUCAUCGCCGGCGUGGGAAGCCUUCAUCGCACAUCUUGACGACAAAAUUGCAUCAGGCGUGUAUCACCUGGUGUCAACCGCGCUGCACAAGCUGUACCAGUGCCUUCACGAUCCACAAUCGAAUGUCAAGGCCGUCAUCGGCAUCGAGGUGAGCGUGACCAAUGGCACUGUUGUGCAGAAGCCACCGCUGGUCCAAGCCCAGCACGCUGCAGAGAACACGCUCGUUGAGAUUGUCGAUCGCACCGUCACCGACGUCCUUCAGCUGGCCACGUGUGUAAAGUCUCCGCGAACAAGCGAGGUGUUUGAUCUUGCGCGUCAGGACAACGUGCGGGCGAUGGUGGAUGCGAUACACGAAGCCGUAACCGAGUCUGCCAACCACUGCCAGGAACAGCUGCACGUGCUCGACAGCUUUCAACUGCUGUUCCACGAGGACCCCUCAGCCCUCUUCAACCUGUUCCUGCAGGACAGGCGGAUGCUUGCAAGCAACGCGCAGCUCAGCGUGCUGAGCAAGAACGUGACGGGCCAGGCGCUGCGCUUUGACCGUGCCUCCCGUAAGUUCACCAUGACCAACCGGUUUGGGCGCAUGCACGACCUGGCGACGCUGAGCGACAGGGACGUUGACGACGUGCCGACGCUGGAGGAGUUUUCGUCCUGUUUGCACGUGUUCAAAGCGGCCCAGCAGCGGCUGCGGGCCAUGCCCGACACGCGCCAGCUCGGUUGGCUGCAGCUGGAUAUGGUGCCAAUCAACGCCACGCUGCGUGCACUCGCUUCCAAGUGGCUCUACACCUUUGGCACAUUUAUCCUGGACUGUGCGGAGGGAACCAUCGAGAAGCUGAAAAACUACCUGGACUGGACAGAGGACGGCAUUGUGGAGCUCAAGUCCUCCGGCUCCCACUUCUCGUUCAUGAAACUCAUGAACUUCUUCCACGACGUGUCGCUGCGGCAGGAGGAGACGGACGGCAAGCUCGGUCCCCUGCAGCGCACGCUGUCGCUGCUUGAAAAGUACGACCUUCAAGUACCCGUGGAGGAGCGGGAGGCGUAUGCCGCGUUUCCCGAACGCAUGCAGGUGAUGCGCAAGAAGCUGGAGGACCUCAAGCGCGGACUGGCGCCGCGAAUUUCAAAAGAGGCGGAGCGCAUCAAGCAGCAGCUGGUGGAGUUUGACAUGCGCCUGCGCGACGCCUUUGAUGCGCUGCUGUCGAGCGACGCGUUUGUGAGCGGGACGCCACCAGACAUGUCCCGGCUGCUGAUUGCCGACCAGACGCGCAUCUUUGGCGAGCUGGAGCGGCAGUCGCGCGACCUGAGCCAGCUGCAACAGCUCACCAACAUGUCCAUUGUCGACUUUGGGCUGCUCACCACGGCCAAGCAGACGCUGGCGCACGUGGACGAGGUCACGUCGCUCCGCCUGCACUUCAACGAGCAGCUUGGUGGUGUGCUGUCCGCCAGGUGGACAGAGGCGGACCUCGACACGGCGCUGGCCAAGGCGGAGUCCAUGCUGGAGUUGAUCCACGCCCUGCCGGAGGAUUGCUUUGAAUGGGACGUCACGCAGGGCUUGCAGCGGUCAACAGACGCCAUUAUCAAGAGUGUGCCGCUGCUGGAAAACCUGAAGAAAGAGGAUCUCCGGUCCAGCCACUGGAAGAAACUCUUCCGCGAUGCUGGCGUGACUGAGACGCUGGAUGAGAGCACAGUCAGCAAUUGGACGCUGCGAGAGAUGCUGUACUGGCUGCCAAAGGACCAGCCAUCCCUUGUUGAGUCUGUGGUUGCGCUGGCGGCGAAGGACAUUCGCAGCGAGAACGCAUUGCGACUGUAUGAGGAAAAGUGGAUGACGGCUGUGUUUACCCUCAAGCCUUGGUACCCGGGCCUUGGCAUCAAUGAGCGCGUCACAUCCUCCCUUCGGACAGGCAGAACCACUGUCUCACAGCGCUACGGGCGCAAUUCGCGACUGCGCACGGAUUCGCGCGACCGGCGGGCAAGCGGCAUCUCGAGCAGAGGCUCUGUCAUGAGCGAGAAGGGCCCGCGCUCAAACGAGCUCACAGCUGCGAUGCUUGUGUCUGGGCUGGAUGACCUGUUUGGCAUGCUGGCCAACAACCGCAGCACGAUUGAGUUCCUGCAUACGGAAAAGGGCUAUGGCUCCCGCGUGAUGGCCAGCGAAAUCGCUUCCACUGAGGCGCGCCUGAAGACCAUCGACGAGGUGCUCACGACGCUGCGCCGCGUGCAAGAGCUGUGGAUCACAACAUCCGAGGCAUUUGUCACCUUCAUGCACGACCAGCAGCAAGCAGAGGGCCGCCUGUCCGGUAUGAAGCAUUCCAUGCGCAUGACGCAAGCCAGCCUGGGCAGCCUUCGCCAUGGCCUUCAUCCAAACGAGAAGAAGACGGCGUUUGAUCGCGAGCUGCAGCGUGAAAUCCAGAUGUUCCAAUCGACAGACAACGAGUUUCGCUCGCUGCUGGCGUCCAUCCAGCGCGACCCAGCAGUGGUCGGUCUGUGUCUCCGCCCAGGUGUCCUCAAUCUCCUCAACAACAUCCAACAGAACUUUUCGCACAUCAAAGGGGCGCUGCAACGGUUCUUCUACAACCACUGCGACAUGCUGCCACGCCUCUACUUUCUGUCGCCGCCAGACGUGCUUGCUGUGCAGACGUACUGCGGCCACCCAGGCCUUAUUUCCCGCGCCCUCAAUCUCGUCUUCCCCGGCAUCUCUGCCAUUGAGAUUGAGGACCGGAACCAAACGAACAUUGUGACUGGCGUGACUGCUGCGACGGGCGAGAAGGUCGAGUUUGAUGUGUCGUUCAUCUUCAAGGGCCCAGCCGUGGUGUUCCUGGACACGCUUACAAGCAAGAUCAAGGAGUUUGUGCGCAACCAAAUCAUGACUCUCUUGCGUGACGACCAAAUGGAAGGCAUUCUGUCGCCCUUUACCAUCCCUGGCGAGCCGGUGAACCUGAUCCAGCAACAGCUGGAAGGGGCCCAUGCUGAUGCUGAUGACGAGGAGAGGGGCAAUGAUGGUGACGACAAGGAAGGUGGUGUCGGCGACGAUGAUGAUGAUGGCGACGAGGGCAGAGGAGACCGUGGUGGAGCAACCUCGCCCCGCAACUUAACCAGCGGCGAGCGCCGGUCACCGCCACACGUCGGCCGCGGCAGCCACGGCAGCAUCGGUGCACACCUCCCCCGCAAGCGCGCCGCCUCUGCAUACUCGAUGAACUGGACGAUGGACCGCCUGGCACAGUGCGUGGCGAUGGCGCUGCUCGUGAAGAACACGCAGGAGAUUGACGCGCUCGUUGCCAAGGCGAACACGAAGGAGGCCGCGCAGGUGCCUCGUCUGCUCAAGGAGCUGCACGACGCGCGCGUGCUGCAGGUGAACGAGAUGCAGAGCACACUGGCAAGUGCACACAGCACCGCGGACCGGCAGAAGAUGACCACCAUCAUUGCCUUUCUGAUUUACCUCCGCGACGUGGCCUCGCGCCUGAGCGACAACCCAAGCAGCCUUGCAUCCGCACCACUCACCCCUCAGUUUUCGGCCAACACGCCGAGCACCGCUGUGGAUGACUCGCUGCCGCUGACGUGGGAGGCGUCGAGCGUCGUGCGCUGCCACUGCAACGAGGAAGGCGACCUCCUCGUUCAGCUCGGCACCACCGUCGCCCCAUACAGCUUCGAGGUUGUGGAGCCAAGCCAGGCCAUGUGCUUGACAGACCUGUCGGAACGCUACUGGUUUGGCGUUAUGCGCGCAUCGAGCCUCGGGCUUGGCGCCAUUGUCACGGCGGAGACGCGCAGCAGCCCUGCACACACCAUGCGCUCGCUGGCGUACCUGCUUGGGCGCCCGCUGCACACCGUGUGCUGCACGCAGCUCACGAGCUUCCAGCUGCUGGCCCAGGCGCUCAAAGGCAUGGCCACGAUGGACUCCGUGCUCGUGCUGGAAAACGUGUCGUGCCUGCCGGAGAGCGUGCUGGCCUCACUGGCCGACACAGUCCGGUCCAUCAUGCAGGCCGUGCGAUCGGAGGCAAGCGAUGUCGUGCGCAUUGGCCGCGGCCCGCCCGUGCGCGUGUCCACACAGCCCGUGUGUGUUCUUAGCCACGCCAGCGUGCACCACGAGCCCCUGCCGGUCGGCGUCCGCCAGACGUUCCGCACCAUCUCCGCGUCCCUCCCACACAGCGCAUUUGUCGCGGAGGCCAUGCUCUCGGCCCACGGGUUCCACGAGGCAUCCAAGCUUGCCACCAGCCUGCACCGCUUCGCCACCAUCAUGGCGUCCAUCGCCCCGCGCCCGCUUCCAAACCAGCUACCCCACCCGCUCUCCUGCACGUGGGGCUUGCCGUUUACCCAGCGGGUCAUCACGUUUGUCAUGGCCACGCGUCCAGAGCCGCCGGCUGUGUCUGGUCUGAGCGAGGAGGAGGAGGUCACCUCGGCAAUCCUCUCCCUUGUCGGCAGCCGCGUGAACAACGCCACAGACCGCCAGCUGUUCCUGGCGGCGCUGCGCCAGUGCUUUGAUGCCGCCCAUCGCGUGGACGACGCCACGCUCAUCAUGGACGUGACGCACCUGCCGUCGACGCUUCGCCGCUUCAACCGCCCGCUCGGCCCAGACAUCAGCGCCGUUCUGGACGAGAUGGGCCUGUCCCUCCAGGGCCACCUGCCCGCCAGCGUGGAGAAGCUCAACGCGCUGCUGCACGCGCACCGCGUCGUGUAUGUGGUUGGCUCGCCCAACUGCGGCAAGUCUGAGUGCGUGCGUGGUUUGGCUGCAGCGCUGCGCCGUCAAGGGUUGGACGUGGAGACAGCGAGCAUCCCCUGCGGAUACCUCACCUCGGAGGAGCUGAUUGGCACUGCCAUGGGCACGGGGCCAGCCAGCAAGUCCAUGCACAGUCAGGGGCAGGGCGCCCUCAUCCCCUUGCUGCUGCAGCAGCUGCGCGAAUCGCUGGAGGCGCAGGCAGCGAGCGAGGGCACGGUGCGCUCGCGGGACCAGCAGGUGCUGCGUACAAAGUGGCUGGUGCUUGAAGGUCCUGUCCCCGACGAAGUGCGCGCCCGCCUCGUGCUGCUGGAGGACACAGGGCUCCUGCCCCUACCAGACGGCUCUUACCUGCGCGUGCACGAGCAGAUUCGCGUGGUUGUGCUGUCCACGCCGGAUGCGUUUGACUCCAGCACUGACACGGCAACGCCUGACUACUGUGGCGUGCUGCGCUUGGACGACGCCAACGACCUGGCAAACGCGUGCAAGGUUGCGCGCCACUGGGUGACGACGGUGGAGGAGCGGUACUCGGAGCACCUGGCAAAAGUAGUUCAGCAGCACCUGAAGCUGUUUCAGGAGUUUUGGGCAAAGUUCAUGGGCAAGCUUGCACACAAGCGCCGCCUGCACUGUGCGUUGGGCGUGAUUUCAACAGCCACUGCGCUGUUUGGACCGUGCAUUGACGCGUGCGUGCCGGAGGGCAGCAAAACGCAGACGGAGCGCUUCCUGGCGCCCUGCUUCAACUUCUGCCUCAUGUGGGCGUGUCUCGGCCCGCUGGUCACGGUGCUGGACGAGCAGGUCGACGCCAAGCAGCAGGCAAGUGACUGGUGGCGCACUCGCAGCGCGCAGAUUGCCGGUGUUGAGUUUCCGAGCGACAAGCACGCGAGCAUGGCGCAGGCAGACCGCGGCCCCACAGCGGUUAAGGCUGCUCGCGCCAAACAGCACUCGCACCGCCACCAUCAUCACCACCACCAUCACCACCGCCAUCACCACCAUGACCAGCAGCACGGUGGCGAGGCCGGUGAUGGCCACGAUGCACACCACGACCACCACCGUACCCGGGGUGCGUCCACAUCCCCACACAGGCACUUUGACAGCGCUGGCGAGGGCAGCGGCACUGACGUGAGCCCGCGACGCGCUGACGGCGGAGCCACGCGGCCAGACACGAGGGCAGACGCCGCUGCAAGGUAUGACGCGGCACAGCACGACACCGACUUGAACGCUGAGCGGGAAGAGGAGGACGAAGAGGAGGACAAGCUCGGGGCCCUGGAGAGCGUGUUGUCGUACCGCGUGGACCAGGAGACGGGCAGGAUGACCCACUGGUCCAAGUACCUGCCGGAGUUUGUGCUCCCGCCCGCUCGAGGCAUUGACUCGCACCCGAUUGAGACAGCGAUGGUGCCGACCGUUCGCAUGGAGGCGACGAAGUUCGUGACGCAGCUGUCCUUGCAGGCAUCCCGCAACGUGCUGCUGCUUGGCCAGCCGGCAGCAGGCAAGUCUGCCCUGCUUCAGGACAUUGUGGAGACGCAGACGCGGCACACCGCGGGCGGCUCCGAUGCGGGCAUUGUGUCGCUGCAAGGUUCAGAGCGCCUGACCCCCUCGGCGCUGUGGCGCAGCCUGCACAAGCAGCUUGAGAGCCCCUCUGGCCGGGCGUAUGUGCCUGCGGGUUCGCGGCGACAGCUCGUGUGUGUCGUUGAUGACAUUGACACGACACAGGCGCUGCAGAGUGGCCCGCCGGCUGGUGACGGCCGAGAUCACGCGGUUGACGCGUCAGCGAACACGCGGCGGCACAGCAGCAGCGGCGGCGGAGGCAGUGGUGCCGCUGCAACACAAGCGAGCCUUGGUCGGAGCGGCGACGGCAGCGCUCCGCACGACAUGAAUGUGUUCUUUGCCGGGGAGCAGGGCAUGGCGCCCGAUGCCGACCCGCUGCGGGAGAAGCGAGCGAUGCGCGUUUCGUCGACCGGCAAGUUUAUGGAGCAGCUGAGCGUGCACGGGUUUACGUUUGAUGCGGAAGGGCGGUGCCGGCAGGUCAAUGGGGUGACGUGCCUCAUGUCUGCCACGCUCGACAUGAACGAGGAGGUGUACAACGCGUUCCUGACGCCGUCGUUCAGCCGCAACUGCACGGUGCUUGUGCUGCCGCUGGCUGAUGCGCAGGAACGGGGCACGCUGUACAACACGCUGCUCACGUCGCACUUCUUUUCCAAGAAGCAGCAAGAGACGCGCCACCACAAGCAGACGCCGCAGCAGCAGCGCAACCCAAUUGCAGCCAAUCCCCGCCACUACACGGAAUGGGUUGGCCCCAUUGUUCACGCCGCUGUGGAGCUGCACGACCUCCUCUGCAGCGAAUACAACAGCACCCGCGAACGCUGCCUCUACAGGUUUGAUGAGCGGGAUUUGAAGCAUUCGCUGGUUGAGUUUGCCAAUCGCCUUGAGCCGUUUGCGUCUCUCGAGCUCGUUGUGUUCGUUUGGUCCACCGUGCUGGCCACCGUCUACUCCCGACGCAUGGUGUCCCAGAACGACAUUACACGGUUCCGCACGCUACUGCAGAAUGUUGUGCGCAAGCGCUUCUUCCGCGACUUGCUGCCGAGCGAGCCAGCCCUGCCCGUGUGGCUGUGCAAGCACGACGCGUUUCUCACACACGACAUCCCCGUUGACCACGAGCACGACGAGAGCGUCAUGCUGUGCCCGCGUGAGCUCGUGCAUGCUGUGCUCAACAAGGGCAAAGGCGGCAGCGCCAGCAGCGCGACCAGCGCUGGCAGUGGUAGUGGCCGUGGCAGUGGACCCAGGGUGCUUGAUGGCGACCAGCAUGCUUACGUGGGUGGUACGGGUGGUGGCGGCGGUGGCGGCGUUGGCAAGGUGCGUCCAGCCAGCGUUGGCGCGCGUGCGCUGUACAAGUCGCUCAAGAACACGCUGUCCAGCUACUUUAUGGACAGCGAAGGGCACAUGUCGACGCUGCAGAUGAAGCUGCCCGGCACCUUUGUGGUGACCAUUGCAGAGGUGGUGGAGCACAUGCGACAGGCAAAGUAUCGCACCAACUUUCUCCUGCGCAUGCCUCGCGUGAAGGAGAUUGUGCAGCUGUGCGGCACACUGGCCGGGUUUGAGGUCAUGUUUGCGCAGGACCUCUCCGAGCACAGGCGUGUGCGGUCGCAGUUUGUGGACCUUGUCAUGCGUGCAGGCACCCGCGAUGAGAAGAUUGUCUUUGCCGUCAGCCUGGCAGAGUGCCCCGCGCCCGUGCUGUCCAUGCUUGCCAGCUUUGUGACAUCCGGGGAGAUUGGUGACCUGCUCUCGCCAGACAACCUCGUCGCCGUGAGCACGCUGAGCCAACCAAAGGUGAUCCAAGCCGGCUUGCAGCCAUCGCUCAAGAACUCGUGGGCGUUCUUCAAGCGCACCAUCAGGCAAAACCUUCGCCUGGUCUUCUAUGUGCCGGAGCGCGGGCCUUCUUCCGUCUAUCACCAGCUCAGACUGAUUGCAUUCAACCCGAGUUUGGUGAGCAACUUGCUUGUGUUUGCGCAACCACAGCCUGUGCCAGACGACCUCUCCGACCUGGCUGCGUCGUCUCUCCAGGCGUCCUUCCACAAGCUGCAAGGGCUGUACGAUGAGGCCGUUGUGACGCGGCUGACACCGCUCAUGAUGACCAUGCACAAGAUUGUCGCGGACUACACAUGCUCCCACCUCAACGACCAGCUUGCCUUGGCGCACGUCACAACGUCGCACUUUGACACGUUUGUCAACGAAGCAGCAGCCAUGCUGAAACUGCAAUGGCAGUACAUCAGCGAGGAAGCUGUGAGCCGUGAGCAAGGCCUUUCUCACACACGCGACGCUCAAGAACAUGUGCAAGAGCUCAAAUCGAAGCACGACGAUUUGCUGAGCGUGUGGAACGAGAAGGACGCUAUCACCACAAGGCUGCUGACGCAGAUUGGGCGGGACCUGGCUGCGCUCAAGCGCUCGCAGGCGAAGCAAGCGACGCAAGAGCACGAUCUCAACGAACUCAAGCAGCAACUGCCCACGUUCAAGGAGAAGUAUGAUGCCGCCAUGAGCAUCACCACCAAAAAGUUGAAGCUGCUUCGCCGGCACGUGGGCAAGCUGAACGACAGCAACAUCCGCGUGCUGCAGAUGAUGGCCCGGGUCUCGGACAACAUUGAGCUCGUGUUUGCGUGCAUCCUCAUUCUCCUCAACAACUACAGCCCCGAGGACGUGGCUGAGCUUGACCUGAGCUGGCGCAUGGCUGGUCGCCGCCUGUGCAGUGACGUGAACCGCCUGCGCCAGAGCCUGCAGGACGCACACAGCGCCGAGAUCUCACCGCAAGCCCUGUCUGAAAUCAAGGUGCUGUUUGAGUCGUCGGACAUCGACCUCCCUGUUGCAACGCCGUUUGCUGCGGCGGGGGAUGACGACGACGAUGACGAUGGCGAUGAAGACGAUGGCGAUGGUGAUGGCGGUGCCAAGGGCGAGGAGGGGGAUGGUGGUGACGGUGCCAACGCGGACGGUGCCGACGACGGCAAUGAUGGCGGAGAUGAUGGUGAUGAGGACGCAGCAACGAAAGAUGACAAAGGGGAUGACGACGCCGCGUCAGACGAAGAGGAGACGACCAGCGAAGCCAGCAGCAAGACCAGCAAGCGCAAGAGCAAAGCCAGACGUCAAACACAGGGGAAGAAGAACAGCAAAGGCGACACCGAGGCUGGCGACACUGACAGCAUCGGUGCUGACGACAACGACGGUGGCGAGGAUGAUGAACGCAGCGGGCGCAGCACGUCCCCUGCUCCCCGCUCAUCAUCACCACAGCACCUGUCCCCGAGCGAUGUGGAUGCAGCACACGCGCGUCGUCUGCGCCGCCGCAGCAGCAUGUCACCGCUUGCACGGCGCAUGAGCAUGUUCCGUGAGCAGGACGAGGAAGAGGAGCCGGAGGCGUACAAGAUUCUGCUGCAAUGGCUGGCGGACGCCGUGUCGCUGCACGACCACCUGAACGAGGUGGCGCGCCCACUCGAGCACGAGUACAACGGCUUUGUGGCGGAGAUUGACAGGCGGCAGGCCGGGCUUGAAGACAUGCAGCGCUCUUGCUCUGCCAUUGCAAACCGCGUGGCAGCGCUGCAGAAAUCGUUUGACACGUCGACGCGCGUGAAGAACGACCACCGCAAGGCGCUGGCCGACAUUGCCGAGGAGCUGCAGCAGGCCCAGGCGUUCCUGGAGACGCUACGUGAUGAGCAGGCGUCGUGGCACGAGAGCCUGUCCGAGUUGCAGGAGGAAGCGCUGUAUGUUGAGGCAAACGCGCUGAUGAGCGCAGCCAUCCGCACAUACCUGCCUGCGCUCUCACAUGACAGCCGCGUGCAGAUCAUCUCGCUGUGGGUGGAGAGCAUGCUGGACAAGGGCCUGCGCAUUGCCUCGGAGGUGAAGGUGCACGGCCGCGCGAGCGUGAUGCGACGCGUGUCCACGCAAGGGUUUGAACAGUCCCUUCUGCGGGCAGCAUCGGCUCGCUCCGUGCCGGAGGCGGAAGACGAAACGCAGAUUCUUGACCUGGACACGAUUCUGCCGCAGCUGUGUGGCAAACCGGCCGUGAUCCAAGGGGCGCAGCACGGCGACGACGAGUUCUUCUUCAUCAACCGCUCUGUGCUCGCAUGGCCCAAGUCAUGGAACCUCGUGCUUGACCCCCACGGGUUUGGUGUUGAGCACAUUGUUCGCAUUGAGACGGGCCAGAUUGCGUCAUGCCGAUCAGGCCCGCCAGAGAGCCACGCAUCCACGACCGCGAACCCGCACGAAGUGCAGCAGCAGCAAGAUGACGUGGGCAGCCAGGGGUCACCGCGGUUGCAGCGCCGCAGCAAGCAGCAGAGCACGGCAUCGCUCUUCGCCGGCAUGCACCGGCUGUCGACAGACUCGUUUGCCGGACGGGGCUCGCCGUCACCAGCGGGGCUGUCCCGUGUGGGCACCGCGCGCCCCUCCAUGACCAGUAUGGCGGACCACCACCACGUGCCGAGCCAGGACGAGCUGGCGAUUGUGGACAUGAAGUUUGGUACGGUGGACUGGAUGAAGCUGCAGAUGGAGCUUGAGGACGCAUUCGCGUCGCAGCUGCCGGUGCUGUUGUUGAACGCGCCCGCUUACCUGGAUGACAACCUGCACCACUACCUGCUGUCCAUCUGGCAGCGCAUGACAUCGCAAGCGCCGUCAGCACAUACGCCCGAGCAGCCCCAGCCUCAGCAGCAGGCAGCGUCCGCAACAACGACGCAGCAGCAGCAGCAGCAGCAGCAGCAGCAGCAGCAGCAAGGUGAUGGUGACCAGGACGGUGGCGCUGAUGGAAACGAAACCAGCGAGCAGGAGGGUGACAACACUGGCCAGCAAGCAACAGCCGGCGACAGUGCGUCUGCUGCCAGCCUCGUGUCUGGCGCUGAGGACAGAUCCACAGCAGUAGCACAAGCAGACGGCUUGCCACCGCAACAGCAACAGCAGGAAGGCGGGCAACAGCAGGACGCGGGUGCAGCAGCGACAGGAGAUGAUGAACAGGGCCGUCCUACCGCGGGUCGGCACUCUGUCUUCAACGACCUGCAGUCUGGCAUGUCCACCUCGAGUGUGACUGAGACGAGCUCGCACGGCAUGACGCUGCGCUACGACGUGACGGGCCACGUUGUCCCCGAUAUGCUGCCCACGCGUGUGUACAUCUGUGGGCCACAGCUGAACCUUGACUCGUGGCUGGGGCACGGCCAGACGUACCUGUCGCUUGUGUCGUACGCAGACAUCAGCCUGGGCUCCAUGCAGCAGUUUGUGGGCACCAUGCUGUACCAGCUGUACUGGCCGGAGAACAACACGCAGUUCAACGAGCUCAUCCGUCAAGCCAGCCGCCUCGAGGAAGGCAUUGUUGUGGCGCGGCAGAAGGUGGUGGACGCCCUGCGCGUCUCCAACGGACUGCCAGACGCGCUCGGUAUUGCUGAGGUCGUGCACGCGAAGCAGGACAUGGACCGGCAGCUGAACGAAACGCACGAAGUGAUGCAGGAGCUGGAGGAGUCGAAGGACAGGUGCGACCUCGUCAGCAGCUACUGCUGCCGCCUGGUGCAGCUGGCUCUCGCGUUGAACCGCGUGUCGCCAAACUACGGCUUCACCGCCGGCAUGGUGGUGCGGCUGUUCAUGCGGGGUCUGGAGGAGGCCAUGGAGCAAGCGUCAGCACGGCCAUCCUCGUCGUCAGCAGCGGCAGUGGGAAUACCCGAGAACCCGUCCACUGCAUCUGCAAAGACGUCUUCCUCCUCUGCGUCCACGUCCACAUCUGCGCGACGGCCAGAGAGCGCUAUCGCAGAGAUGGUCUCGGACCUAAAGGAGGGCGAGCUUCCUGUUGCCGCUGCGCUACUGGCUGCUGCUCGCCACAUCCGGGACGCGCUGUUGGACGAGCACUGCACUGCGUUUGAUGUGCUUUUCUACGUACACCUCGUUGUGCCCAUGCUCACUGAUCAGCAGGACUUUGACAUGGAGGAGGACUUUUACCAGCACCAGCAACAACAGCAAGAAAAGCGCAAGGACACACAGCAGCAGCAGCGACAGCAGCAGCAGCAACACACGAUUGAGUUUACUGAAGAGGAUGUGGAUGAGACCGACAAGAGGGGCCGUGCAAGCGGGACGUUUCAAGACACGCUUGAGCCACUCCGUGACCGUUCCGUCGGGCGCCACUCCCGUCGCGAGUCGUUCAGACCCAUGCGACGCGAGCGCCGUCCCUCGACGGUGUUUUUGCCGUGUCAGGCAGAGCUGGCACACAUUACGGAGCUGCUGCUUGAGUUUGUGCCGCUGGAGCUCCAGGGCCGUAUGCCCACUCGCCGCAGCCCUCGCGUGUCCCUCGAGGACGUGCCCAAACCUGUGGAGUGGAUCAUGCCGCAGCAGUGGGAAGAGCUGCAGAAGGUGGAUUCCCUCGCAACGUCAAUGCACAACCUCCGCGAUAUCUGCUCCAUGGUGUGCCACUCGAGCGAAUGGCAAGAAUGGUGCGGACGCGUGCGGGCGACAUACAAGGACAUGCCAACAACGUUCGCCUACGACAUGGACCGCCACAACGCUGACGUGCUUGAAUUCUACAGGUUGUUGGUGCUGGGGGCCCUACGUCCCGACCUGUUCUUGGAGCAGCUGCACUCGUACGUGCUGACACACCUGCCGCAGCAGGCACUUGGCAUUGGGUUGCCCACGCCGCUGGUGAACCGCAGGAAGGUGACAGAUGCCGUCACGCACACGUGGCGACCCACGCACCGACAGCUGUGCGACAUUGACGAGCUGCAGCCGACACCCACCAGCCCCGUGCUGCUGUUGCUGGACUCGGCCACCCAACCCGAGGAACAGGUGGUGUCUGCCCUGUAUGAGCUCGCAAAUGGCGAAUCACCAGCGAGUACCGGAGCGAGUGGUGCUGCUACCAAUGGCGGUGGUGGUGGUGGUGUGGGCGUGAUACGCCUGUGCUUUGGCUGUCUCUCUGAGGAGUAUGUGCGGUCGGUGCUGGACAAGGCCAUGACCGCGCGCUCCUGGAUUGUGUGCGAACGCAUUGAGCUGCAGCCCUCGCUGUUCCCGCUGCUGGUGGCAUUUGCACUGCAGAGCAACAACAGCGAUGUCGGUGUGAUUGGCGGUGGUGUCAGUGGUGUCAGUGGUGGUGGUGGCGGCUUCAGCAGCAGCACCACCAUUGGAGGAAGCUCACCCACGUUCCCGUCGCGGCUGGUUCUGCUGUGCGACAAGGACGCCAGGCUGCCUGUUGCUCUGGUUCGCUCGUGCGUGACAAUUUCGCUCACGCGGGAAACGACGAUUCUGGAGCACUUCCAACGCAUCACGUUUUCGUUCAGGGAUGUGAUUGAGACUGCACAGGACGCAACCACCCGCCUUGUCCUGUUCACCGUUGCCCUUUGUCACGCCGCCUUUGUCAGCCGUGAAACCCACCAAGGAUGGUUCCUGCCAUCGCCGCUGAGCGACACGGAUCUCGUGUGUGCAACGACGCGUUUGCUUGAGUUUAUCCGAUCGCCGUCAGCGGCUGCGCUGAAGACGUCACAAGACCUCCAGCAGCAGCUCAUGCAGAUUGCACUGGCUGAUUACUCGCUGGCGGUUGCGAGCGACUGGGACCAGCGUCUGCUUGAGACAAUGAUGGGUGUGUUCCUUGGCGGUGACAUCCUGUCGACGCUCAAGAGCUUGUCUGUGCUCGACGAGAGCUUUUCGCUCGGGAAUGACGGCAGUGCGCUCGCCAGCUGGUGGAAGGCUGCGGCGUCGCUGGACCACGGCCUGCCACACGAGGCGGAGAUGCUGCUGCAGGACCGAACGCUCGGCAGCAUGUGGCGCUCGCGGUCGUCAGAGGCGACGCGCAUGGAGUCGCUUGCCCUCGCUGUGCAGCGUCUGGAGAUGGGCAGCGCGCUUGGCACCAAGGUGGUGGAGGCUGCGACAAAGGACCAGUGCUUGGAGGUGCUGGCAUUCUGCCAACGCCACGUGGAGAGCAUGCAGGAGAAGCUGCCGCGUGAUCGCCUGAAGCAGCUGGCGGCGUCCAGACUCAAGUCGACCUACCCGUGCGUGUUUGCCUUGGCACACAACGCCGCUGUCACCAUCUAUGAUCAGCUGCAGCGCAUGGCCGAGGACGCUGCUGUGAUUCGCCAGAUUGUGGCGUCACCAACCUUCCCCCAGUCGACUCUGGCGGUGACCGUCCUGUGUGCGAGCCGAGACCGGGUGCCGCCCAUCUGGGAUGUGCAGGCCUAUCGCGAGGAAGUGCCUCUGCGCGUGUAUGUGCAGGCGGCGUGCAAUCGCCUGUGGCAGAUGGUCAAGUGCCUUGAGCAGAAAACGCCAACGCCCAUGUUGGAUGUGCGCAUGACAGCCUUCCCACAGGCGAUGUUUGCCGCGCUCGCCAUUGACACGGGCGCAUUCCUCACGCAGAUUGUCAGCGAACACGUCUCCUGCCCCGGCAAAGUGCUCGCCCAAUUCCCUCUCCAUGGUCUUGAGCUUGAUGCUGCAGGUGUGGUUGGAGCUGACCAGGUGCUGCAGGCGGCGGAGGGCAGCGAAGAGCCCGGAACACCGGUCCGGCUGCUCGUGCGGUGCGUGGAGGACCCAGCAAAGCCCGCGCAUCCAACUGUUAUCGUCAUUGAUGAAGAUGAAGAUGACGAGGACGAAGGCACCAGCACCAGGAGCGAUCACACCGCAGCUGUGCCAGGUGGUGAUGUAUCGAGUGGUGGUGGUGGUGAUGGGGCCAGCUUGGGGCCGUCGGCGUCUGCGCAGUCGUUCACGAGCGACGGCGGGCCUGAGAUGGUGUGGGAUGCACAGCCCGUGAUGCUGCGCGACAGCUCCGGAAACCAGCAGCCGGCACACACGCUUGCCAUCCCGAUCCUGUGCGAAAGCGGGCGGCAUCGGCUGGUGGUUGCGGCAGCGCACGUGGCGUGCAACCCGGAGGAUGAAGUGUCGCUCGUGCUGGCCAACGCCUCACUGGAGGUCACCAGUGCAGACAUGUGA